GAAAGUUUCAUGCAGCAAGCACAGUAUUCCCCUUCUGCACAAUUUUUGGGCUCUUACUAUGACCGAAUUUCUCGCUACAAACCCACUUGCCAUUUCAUCUGCAGAAUCUCCUCCAUGGUUCCCCUUCCUCAGUUCAUACCCAACUUCAACAACCAGAACCCAUCUCAACCCAAUUUCCUUCUCCCUCUUUUCUCCCAAACUAUCCAAAACCAAUGCUAACAAUAAGAGCGUUUCAGUAGCUUUGAGCUCCAGGUCCAAUGGCAGGCCAGCUCCACCAUCAAAGGGUCAUAGCUUUUACGACCAACUUCAAUUUGAGGACAAACAGGAGAACAAUUUUGGGUUGGAUUUGGAAAGAAACCCUCUUGAUGAUGAGGGUUCGUCCAAUGAAACUGAUGGGUUUAUCCCAUUUGUUGGGAGGGAUGAAAUUGAUGAUAAGAGAAGUGGAAAGAUUGAGAAUGAAUUGGGAGAAGAUGAAGAUGAUUUGAUUCAUCGGGUUCGCGGAGAUGGAGAUGGAAAUGAUGGGGUUGAUUUGAGAAAAGAUGAUAAAGUUGAGAAAUUUGGUGGUAAUCUUAGAUUAAGAAAACGUAAACAAGUGAUUAGAAGGUCGAAUUUGUUGGCGAAGCAAGUGAUUAGCAUUCAAUCUGCUCUUAGUUUGGGAUUUGUUUCCCAGCUUUGGGUAGACACUACCUCUUGGAUUGUCCUAUUUGUAGAGGUGAGAUCAAACUUGCUUUCUGGGGAUUCAGAAAAAUUCCUUCUUGAGGAUAUCAGUCAGGUUGGGGAUGUUGUCCUUGUCCCAGAUGAAAGUAUAAUAGACGACGAAUAUAAAAUGAUUGGAUUGGAUACUCUGGUUGGAUACAGAGUUGUAACGCCCUCUCUACGAAAUAUCGGAAAGGUGCGUGGCUACAAUUUUAGCAUCAAUUCAGGUGCUGUUGAAGAACUUGAGAUAGACUCAUUUGGACUAUCCAUCAUUCCAUCAAGUUUGGUGAGUACCUACUCUUUGAUGGUUGAGGAUGUACUGGAAGUAGUAUCUGAUGCUGUUGUUGUACAUGAAGCUGCAGCGUUACGAAUACAAAGGCUUUCAAAGGGUUUUUUGGGCAACCAGAAUGUAGGAAUCUCAGUGGAUGAUGUCGAAGAUUAUGAAUCUGAACAAUCUACGACAUAUGACCGUGUUUCAAGGAGGAAGAAAAGUUUUGGAAGAAAGAAACCCAAUCCAAGAGAUUGGGAUGAUAAUGAAGAUAACUGGGAGCUUCCCAUGGACUACCUCUAAUCUCACGGUUUUUCUGCAUUAUACUAUACAUAUAUAGAUUUCUUAUGAAAAUGGAGUUUAAAUAAACCUAUUAGACAUGCUAACAGUUAUUUUUAUCUUUUUUCUGGUAAAGAAGUUUUUCUUUUGUAUAGUUGAUUUCCUUGAAUUUCUUUAGAUUUUUUUUUGUUGUAUUUAUUUUAGCAGGAUGUUUUAGACUUGAGAGAAGAGUAUUACAACACUGCAUACCAAAUAAACAAUGACAAAUUAUAUAUCUCAAGUAUAUUUGGUUUCUCUUCAAA